AUGUAUGAGCUGGAACUGGCGAUAGUCAAUGAACUGCUCAUCUAUUCGUGUAUUGCAACAUCUGUGUUGACGGCGUAUUUCUUUUGGAAAAUUUACACCUCGCAGAGGAUCCACAAGAACUUGAAAUUGGUCUUGGUGAGUGGAUUGGUCCAAAAUUGACAUUAGGAAGUAACGAUUGCUAUUAUUACUUAUCAGUUCGUUGAAAUCUCAGCCCUAGACUUGCACUGUCAAGAUUACCGCAUCGCUUUCUCUUUCAGUGUCUCACCACGGCCGCUUUCAUCGCCACGUCGACAUCGCAUCAUCUGGAAGUGCUAGCCGUGAAGUACGCUCAAGAUUCGUCGAAUCGAGUGCUUUCCAACGGCUUGUGUGCCGUUGUCAGCGUGGUGCACACAAUCUCCUUGCUCAGCGCUUCGUCUUGCAUGAACAUGCUGACAGUUGAGCAACACUUUGCAACUAUUUGGGUGGAUGAUUACGAAAAUCGCUCAAUGAAAGUUGGCAUCAUCCUCAUGGCGGUCGUAGUAAGUUUUUUUUGAGGUGGACUAAGCUAUAUAUAAUACAAACGAUUCUUUUUUCUUGAAUGCUCGUUUUCAGUUUUUCCAAACGGUUCCGUUUGGAAUCUUCCUCAACUGGUACUUUUUCCAUGGAUGGUUUUCGUUGGCCGAGAACAGAAGCGGAUGCUUGGUUACCGACCGCGAGCCAAGACUGUCGUUUUUCUUUUUUAUUGUGGGAGCCAUUUCAUCGUCGAUUUGCGCUGUGGUAAGUGGGAACACUAUCUUGAUUUUUUUUUGGUUUUUAGAAAUCUUUUUUUGUUCCUUUUGUAAAUAUUUUAUAAAUACGGUGGGGGAGAUGGGCGAAGUCUAUAUAUUAGGUUGGGGAAUAAGUCCGCAACGAUUUCUUUAUUGCCUCGUCCUGCAACGAUUGUUUGUUGUUUGGAAAAGUUUAUAUAUGCAUUCGAAAGCGUUCUGUCUCCUCUACAAAACUGUGUUUUUAGUUUUUUUUGAAAAUUUAAUUUUUAAUUAUUUUUUGGGCUUAAAAGUGAACCAUCUAGGAGGCAAAAAUUUGCGUUUUCGACACCUGCUUUUUUCGCCGAGCAGCACGUGGACGCAAACGGCGGUCUUUGUAUCUAAUCAUCAUCGGGGAUGAAAAUGGUGUCUGUACGUCAAUAUAAAGCAAAAUGUUGACUGUUUCCUGGAGUGGGUGGCCCCAGGGGACAGUCAAGCAAGAUCCCCACCCAAAAAGGCCAUGAUCUGCAUUUGGGGGGACUGGGAAGGCAUGGUGCAUUGGGACAUGCCUCAAAAGAACGCCACUGUCAACAAGGAGCUCUAUUAUGCCCAACUACACCUCGAAAAUGGGGCUAUUCGACUGAAAUCAAUGCCAAGUCAUCUUGCUCCACGAGUCAUCUUGCUCUCAUGUUGCACAAGUCGUCAAAACCGCACUCCAUGAGUUCGAAUGGGAGGUUAUUUAGCAUCCACCAUACUCUCGGACCUUGCGCCAACCGAUUACCACCUUUUCCGCUUUCUGUCAAACCAAAUCCGAGGUGAAAAAUUCGAUGGCGAAGAGGACCUCAAAAACUUUUUAAGCCCAAAAAAUUAUAAAAAAUUAAAUUUUCAAAAAAAACUAAAAACACAGUUUUGUAGAGGAGAAAAAACUGUAUCAAAUAAUAUAUAUACCCUUUGCCAAACAACAAACAAUCCUUGCAAAACAAAACAAUAAAAAGCUCUACGAACUUAUUCCCCAACCUAAUAAUUACGACCUAGGUUGUCAGGGUUUUCUAACUGACUUCAUUAGUAAAAAAUUCUGAUUUUCUGUUCAAACAUGCCUUAAAAUCUACAUAGUGAUCUAUAAAAGGAAAUACCCCAAGUGCGACGCUCAGAUUUUCUUUAAAUUUUGCCCACGUUAUGGGCAUAGGCCCAUACCAAUAUCUCAAAAUUUUAGCUUCCGCUUUGCAGGCACAGACAAGGUAUUCAGCAACCUUUUUGGCCGGGAGAGCGGUCACAGAGAUAACGCUUUUUAUCCAUCGAUUUGUCAGUUUAGAAAUUGAUUUUUAGUGGAAACAUUACACUCUAUUGUUGAAAUAGGUUGGAAAUUUUUAUGUCAAAAUUCGCUAAAAUGUGUCAUAUGUUCAACCUUUGACCAAAAAAUCUCAUUGCUUUCUGCAAAGCGCAAGCUAGGAGUCACGCAUAUGUUGUAGAAAAUAUUAUUCUAAAUUGGUGCCAAAUUUCAUCUAAAUCUGAGCGUCGCACUUGGGGUGCUUCCCCAGUCAGUUACGCGGAAGUUUUGCGGUCCAGCGGACCUGAUUCCGUAGUCAAAAAACCUACCAUUUUGCAUCCGGGAAGUAAAGAAAAUGCAGAAAAUACCUCCCUCUCCAACCAAUAUUUUUCAGUACACUUACAUUCUCUACCGCCAAAACGUGUCGCAGAUGCGGGAACGGGUCAAUUUGAAGAGCCUGACUGCGCGCUAUCAGCAGUUCGAGAACUCCACCUGGGCGUAUUCGAUUUGCGUCUCGUUCGUCAUGUACUUUAUGCUGGUUGCGGGAGGCGUAACCAUGUGGACGUGGUACUAUAUGACGGACCAGUCGAAGGGAGGUGAUGAUGGUUUGCCGGUUUUGCUUUCACAGGUAGAAAUUUCUUAUUUUCUUUGAGAUUUUUUGGCCAAAAAAUAUAUGUCCAUUGCGUAUUUUACAAGCCUCGUUUUCAGCUCGGCUACGUGCAAGCCGACGUGUUCUCGCUUCUUCAUAUGCUGGGCAUCAUGUAUUUCAACAAAUUCAUUCGAAGCGCAGUCGUUAAAGAUCUUCAAGCGCUGCGGAUCAUCGGCAAAACCGCGCGGCCAAUGAAGGUCAAGCAGCAUGUCGGCGAAGCUGACGAAUAUUUCAACCAGUUUCAACAGGCAUGGCGGUGA